AAAAAAAUUAUAAAUUCAGGAUUACUUUCGAUGAGUAAAAGAGUAAUUAUGAAAUUUUCUAUUAUAAUAAUGGAAAAUACUAUAUAAAGAAAAUGUGUGAAAGGAAAGGUGGUUUACUAAAACAUGUAAAAGAGAUUUAUGCUCUUGGUACAUGGCACUUGUUUCUCGGUAUCUUUCAUUCUCUUUACAAUAAUCCCUCGCAACAUCAGACUGAGCCAUUUGGGGUGGAUUCGUCCUCUUCUCACUCUCCUUCCUUCCUUCCUUCCUUUCUCAUAUAACCAUCAGCAGCUUAUACUUCCCCGACUCGAUUUCAACAAGGAAGAGGUGGUAGAGAAGAUUGAAAUGAAGGGGAAAUUCCAUGGAGAGAAAACGAUGUUACCUUAUCCUUUAGAACGAGAGCUGGAUAGAGAAUCGAGAGAGAGAGAGAAGGGAGAAAAGGAACACCCACGUUAAAUAGAGUGAGAGAGAAUAAACCUCGCACAGGUGGAAUAGGGGUUGGUGGAGGAGAAGACUGGAAAAUCAGAGAGAAGGGGUUGGAAUCCAUCCUACUACCCCCGUUACCCGGCUUGCGUAUUCAGCCUGGUGUCUGGCCACGGCUACUACUUCCCAGUAUUCCGGCGACUGACCCGAGAGCUACUCGUACCACUUGUUCAUCAAACGGGUUUUCAUUAAAUAAAAUAUACAUUCAACACCUCCUGCAAGCUUCACGUUCACUAUAUAUGUAUAUACAUAUCUCCAACUCACUUGUUUCUUAUUUCCCGCUCAGUGCGCGCGCUCUAUUUUGCCAGGAGAGUGAGAAAGAGGAUGAGUCAAACAAUGAGCAACAACCCUGAUGCUCUACUCCAGGAGAUGUCAAGUGCCUGACAUUUUCAUCAUCAUCAUUUGGUUAAAAAGAAAUAUCAAGAAUUUUUUUUUUUUUUUUUUACUCUCUCUCUCUUUGUCUAUAGAUGGUAUAAAGGAUAAGGGAUGCUGCGAGUGAAAUUAAUAAAUAGUGAGAUUCCACAAAGAGACGAUUUAUCAGCUGUGAACCAAGUGAAAUUAUUUAUAGCGGAUUCAUAUAAUUGGAAAAGGAAAAGAAUUGUCAACAGAAGAUGAAAAUUUAUUAUUGAAGAAUCACAAAAAAAGAGGAUGGAGAUCUAAAGAACUCGACUAAUGAAGAAAUGUAUUCUGAACCUAAUUUUUUUGCAAAAUUCCACAAGUUCGAAGUUGGUCGGUCAACAAUGUGUUGGAGACAAAAAAAAAAGUGCUCAAGUUCACGACCGUUUACCUUUGCCUUCGUGGCGCUGAAAAAACGCGCGUACGAACUAAAAACGCUGGCGCGCUUUCCAGUGAGAUAAAAGUUCUUCUUGAGUGUUUGUUCGUCUCUUUUGAAACAAGGAGGCAAAAAAAAAAAAAAAAUAAAAUCCUAUUUGAAAAUCAACCCAAGAUAAAAAAAAUCUCAAUCAGUUAAAGUCAAUUUUAAAUAAUUAUAAAUAUAUUCUUAGAUUAUCAUAUAAGAUCAAAAUCCAUAUAUUUAGAUGAAUCGUAGUUGCUCACAAUAUAUCAGGUUUUAGAAGAAUAAUAAUUGAAGAAAUUGAAAAAGAAGAAAAUUAUUAAUGAGGCUGAGAAAUUUGAAUUGUGAAGGGAAUGAAGAAUCGAGAAGUUGACGCACAAAAAAUUAUUAAUUAUAAGAAAGGAUAGUUGAAUGAGAUGACGGUGAUGCCGUCGAGUUCCGAUGUCGCGGACAAAGCGGUCUCGACGGAAGAUGCGUCCUGUGGGGUUGAAGUGUCAAGUAUUGAUGCCCUAUUGGCGGCAUUGGUUGAGACAAAAGUUGAAGCAAUAAAAGCCUCGUCUUCGUCAAUAAUUACAAGACGUUUCGGUAGUGCUCCAGCGAGUCCAAGACGGCCAAGAUUGACCUCCUCAUCGACUGUCUCUUCAUCACAGAAUCAUCAUCACCAUCAUCAUCAUCAUUGUCAUCCCGAUCAUCGUUAUCACGGAGAUCAUCAUCAUCACCAUCAUUGUGAUCAUGGAGAUUGUCACGAUCACCAUCAGAGACAUCAGAAUUAUCAUCAAGAAGAAGAAGAACUAGAAGAGGAAGAAGAUCAUCGAGAACAUCAUCGGCACGGUCGUCGAUAUGAGAAGAAAAAACGUGAACGACAUCGACGUCAUGGAUCUGCUCCCUGCGGUGAAUUCAUCGAAAAUCCAAGACUGCUUCAGCAAGGACAUCGUUCUGAUAAAGGAAAAAGAAGAGCAUCAGAAUGUCCACGAAGUCCAAGUAAAAAGAGGAAAUAUUCCAAAAGUUCUUAUGUACUUGAGGAGGAUAUUUUGGAUUUACCAUUGGGACUUGAUACGCCAUUUGAGCAUCUUGGCAUUGAUGGUGAUCAGGAUUUAGGGCUGAUAAAUUUGAUAAGAUCGAGAGAGGCGUUCAGCGAUAUAUGCGAGUAUCCGAGGUUGCACCAAAGUGCCUGCUACACUUCCCAAAACGAAGCACAGCUGAAACUUGACUAUGACGAAGAUGAUGAUUUUUUGGCGCUCAAUCUCGAAGAUGAAUUAGAUGACAAUGAAACAUUGAGUAAUCCGGAAAAAGUGAAUAAACCAAUAGAAAAAUUUCAUCGUCCACGUAAAAAACGGAAACGACGUAUAAAGAAAAUUGAACCGGAAAUUGUGAUAGAAACAGAUCCCGAUGAAUUGCCGCCAAGAGCUCGAAUGACCAUCGUUGCUACAGCCUGCCUUUUGCUUGCCAUGUCAUUGCUACUGGUGGGAAUUACACUUCGAAUGGGACCGAUUAUUGAUGAAAUGGGCAAUGGAAGAAGAGCGAGUGUCUGCAAAAGAGGUAAUGGACGAAGAGCCAGUUCGGCACAUAGACGAGAUUCAGUGCGUCCUAGCAGAGAUGAAAUCAAAGUACCGCCAAUUGAAUUAAAAACACCUGAGGAAAUUCAACAAGCCAGAAGGCAUCGAAGGAUUGCCAUGAUUGUUGUUGCAACAUUUAUGUUUUUACUCAUUGCAUCCGUCCUUGCAGUUGUGGUCACAUUGACCCAUAGUUCUUUCUACAUACCUCCCUUGGCACCUAAAGAAUUAAACAAACUUCGAGAUCACGAAAUACGAAAAGAGAAUGAGGCUCUGAUGAAUUCUUUGAAUCAUGAUUCAUCGGUUCAAGAAAACUCGACAACGUCGCCCUAAGGACCAUAAUUUUUUUGAAAAAAAAAAAAAAGAUGAAAAAAGGACGUUCGGUGUGUGUGCGUGCUUCCCGGUUGCUCGAAUUUCAAACUCAUCAUUUCUCACACGUUCUCAAUGAGAAUCAUUAUCUAAGGUCAGAUGGUUGAUUUCUAAAUAAUUAAGUACACCUAUAACUAAAAAUUUCAAAACACCCGGAAAAUUUCGACCGGGAAAUUGAAAGAAGCUGCAACGAAAUAUUUUCUUGUUAAAUUCGAGAAUCUUUUUUUGUUUCAGUAAAUUUUUUUUCCAUCGAUUAAUUUCGCGAAUUACAACUUGUUUGAUAAUAUGAAAUUUUUUUGGCUUCGUAUUUUAAAUGACGUUCAAUUUAUAAUAUUAUUUAAUGAAAAUUGUUGAAAUUUGUUCUGUGAAUAGAUUCUCUGUGUAAAUAUUUCGUUUUAGUCGAUAAUUUUUUGCAUGAUGGCGUUUUAAAAGAGAGAUCGAUUUUGAUGAUAGAUUUAUUAUGUACUGACAACAUCUAUGCAAGGUUGUCGUUGAUAAUUUUGAAACUGUUGCUAAAUAUUAUAUCCGCGAUUUGCGUCAUAAAGUCAGCAAAAAAUUUCUCUGUAACGUGUGUUCAUUGGUAUCGGCUCAAAAAUGAGCUUCGAAAUACGACGUUGUGUUAGAAAAAAAGAAAAGAAAAUUCUAUAAAAAGAAUAGAAUAUAGUUGACGUGCCAAAAUAAUAUUUCUGCGAAAAAGUUGAUACUAUAUAGACCAAAACGGAGAAAACAUCUUUAUCUAAAUUAAUAUAAAAGAAUUUUUCUUUUAAUAUUCAAAGCUGUUUACAUAACAAGUCUUUGAAUGAAAAUAUUGCAAAAAAAAAAGUGAAAAGAUUUUUAAAAACUUUUUCAUUUAAAUUUAAGUAUUUCUUUUUUAAUUUUAAUUUAAUUAAUUUUUUUUUAAUUAAAAUUUUAAUAAUUUGCUACUGUUUUAUUUAUUUAGUAAAUAAAAAGUUGUAAUGUAAAUAAAUUUAAUUUGAUGUUAUUUAUGAAAUGUAAACUUUCUUAGAACUUUUGAUAAAAAUUUAUAGCGUUUUUUUUUAAUUUUUUCAAUUUUUUAUCAGUUAUUUUCGUCAAAGACUGCGUAAAAGUUAAACUACUUGACGUAUGAUUGAAGAAUUAAAAAAAAAUGUUGAUAACAUAUUUGUUGGGAAUAGAGCUAAGUGUACCAAAAGUUUAUACGACAACGAAUAAUUUGUUUAAGAAUUAAAAAACCAAUUUAAACUUACAUUCAUAAAUUUGAUAUAUGACUUUUUUUUUAUUUGAAAAUAUUGUGUAAAUUCACUUACUCGGAGCACAUUUUUCUAUUUCAUAAAGCUUCUUGAACUGUGAGAUUCAAUUUAUUACAGUAUUUAUUACUAUUAAUUUUAUCUUUAUUAUUUUAUUUAAGUUUUUCUAAUUACAUAAAAAUUUAAAGAGAAACAUUUCAAUUGAUAAUUUUUUCUAUUAUUUGUGAAGGAAAAGUAUUGUUGUAGCCUUAAAAAAGUAUCAAGCGAAGGUGGUCUUUUAAAUAAGUGUCAUCGUUAAAAAAAAAAAAAUAAGUAGUAUUUAGAAAUCUUAAAUAUAGAAACGUAUCGAGAUAACAGUAAUGAUCGCAAAAAGCGAAUUGUUGUUGUCAAUUGUUAAUAUAAAACAUAAUCCUAAAAUUGUAAUAAUUUAUUACAAUUUUAUUAUCAAAGAUGAUACUAUUUUAAUGAAACCUGCGAAUAGGAUUCAAAUAUUAUAUUACAUUUUGCUUCAAAUAUUGUUCAAUAUAUAUUAUAUAUGUAUAUGGUUAUAUUUAUGUAAUAUAUAAUAUAUAUCAAUAAUUUUAAUUUUUUUACUCCUGACGAAAGUGAUGAUAAAGUAAUAUGAUAUUUUUGAAUAGAUAACAAAGAAUAAUUUCAAAAAUUUUAUUUUUCGACAUAGCUUUCGUCGUAUUUCAAAAUUUUUAUCCAAGUCAUUUUUAAAAUAUUCUUAACUGCCAGAUUUUUUUGGAAAAUCAUUUUUUUAUUCUGUUUAUUAAGAGGAAGAAGAAUUGCAAAAGAAUAAAAUUUAAAAAAAUUUGUGAAAUUGUAAUUUUAAAAAAGGAAUUCCCUUCAGAAAAUUGUUUCGAAACAAUUUUAAAAAAAUCUUUUUUAAAAAAAUAUUCCUUAUAAAAGAAACUUCUUUUUUUCUUUAUAGGAAGAGAAUUUUUACAAUUUGGCCUAAUAGGAAAAGCUUCGCUUUUGUAGCAAUUUCCUGUAAAUAUAUAUAAUAUAACAAAAAAAAAAAAUAGUAAAUCAUAUUUCAAAAGAAAUUUUAAAUUCCGCGGACAAUAAAGCAAAAUUUGUUUAUAUACGUAUAUAUUCUUCCCUCUAAAUAUUUAAUAAACAGACAAACACAUUAUAAUGAUAAUAAUAAUAAUUAAAUAAUUUUUUCCAAUUUUAAAUUUUAUUCAAUAUAAUAAUAUUUGAAAAAAAAUUUGCUUGAAAAUAUUUCUCUAACAUUUUUAUCCUCUUAAAUGAAACUUGAACUGAAUAUUUUCGAAUAAUGUAAAGGAAGAAAUGAUAAAUAACGAACAAAAGAAAAUCAUUCUGUAAAAGUGCAAUUGCGAUGCACAAUCAUCAAAAAUUAUAUUCUUCGCAAAAUUAAUUAAGUAGAAUAUUAUAUCAGCUUUGUACUGAAUUAAUAUUAUUGUCAAUUCACUUUUUUUUGAAAAAAAAGGCCGCAAAUAUUUUAAUUGUUCUCCUUUCCAUAAUAAAAUUAUAAAAUCGCUCAAGGCCUAUGGGAGGAAAACUGGAAUUGUUCAUAAUAAUUAUUCGUAAUAUAUAAUAUUAAAAACAUGACAAAAAAUUGAAUUCUACUUUGACUUAAUUUUUUCAUUAUAUAUAUAUAUAUCUUUCAAGCAAAUUAGAAUUCAAUUCGAUAUUAUAGCCUCUUAAGUCAAAUUCAAACUAGUAAUAAAAAAAAUAUGUAUAGAAAAAAGGUCAAAAACGAAGAAGUUUAUAAUGUGAAAUUGUGAAUUUUUUCUUUUUUUAAUUAAAAAAUAAUAAUUAUAAUUGUAAUUAUAUUUAUUAUUUUUUGAAAAUUUAAAAAAAUUUCAUUCAUAGGGCAUUUUUAAUUGUUUCUUGAUUUUAAAGAACUUAAUAUUGAAAUGUGUAAAUAGUCUUAUCUUAAAAUCAGCACAAUUGUGCAAAUAUUAUAAACAUGUUAAUGGAUGAAAUAUUAAGAUUUAUGUUUAUAUAUUGUAAUAAUAUUUAUUGUAAAACGGUUAUUACCAUGGAAAAUAUACACAUUAGUUGU